ACCAUAUUCACUUAGCAACCGGCAUUCUCUUUCUCUCUCACUAUUUCUCCCUCCUUCCCCAGAAUCCUUUCCCCACGAAAUACUGUUCACAUCCGCUCAGCCAAAAUGCCACCUGCUGAAUCAAAUUUGCCCAACGCCUCACCGAUAGUGCCGGGAAAUCAGCAAUUGAUAGAGAGUGAUAAACUUUUCGCUUCUAUCAAGCCGCGGAGUAGACUGCCAACUCAGCAUGACAUUUCUCCGCUGCAGCCGCAGAGAUCCAGGAAUUUCGGCGAGAACCGUCCAUAUCUUGCUGUCGAUGUCAUUACUCCCGAGGAUUCGAGGCCUUCAACACCGCAUAGCUUAAAGUCUAUGGUCGAUUUUGACGGUCUGUCUUGGCCAAGUUUGGGAACUAGGGAGAGACUGGAGGCCACCCCUGAGGAAGCUGCUGCCAGAUUGAACAAGCUUUCUGGGGCAAUUAAAACAAUCUUGGAAUGUAUCGGUGAAGACCCCAACCGCGAAGGGCUACUGGACACCCCGAUGAGACAUGCAAAAGCCAUGCUUUACUUCACCAAAGGGUAUGAAGAAAACCUGAAAAGCAUUGUCAACAAUGCGGUUUUUCAGGAAGACCACGACGAACUUGUAAUUGUGAGAGACAUUGAGGUGUUUUCCAUGUGCGAACAUCAUCUAGUCCCGUUUACAGGCAAAAUGCACAUUGGCUACAUACCUAAUAACAAGGUCCUUGGGCUUUCCAAAUUCGCCCGCAUCGCCGAGAUGUUUGCUCGCCGUCUACAGCUCCAGGAGCGCUUAACGAAGCAAGUCGCCAUGGCUAUAGAGGAGAUUUUGCAGCCACAGGGAGUGGCAGUUGUAAUGGAGAGUGCCCACCUUUGUAUGGUUAUGAGGGGUGUGGAGAAGACCACGGCUACAACCACUACGAGUUCUAUGCUGGGCAUUUUCAGAAAGAGCACAAGGACCAGGGAAGAAUUCAUGCAUUUGGUAAAGCAUUGAGAAAUAAUCGGUAAAUGUGCUCAUAGCAGUGCUUCCACAAACACCUUUUUUUUUAUCGUCUCCUUCUGUAAAGGAUUGGCUAUGUGAAUGUAGAUCUUUUGUUGUAUACUUUUUUCUUGGCUGGCUUGAUUUUCAACAAAGGCUUUCUAUCGGAACGAUAUAUAUGGUACUCCACCGCCUUGGGGGAUGGGAGCUUCUCUUUUUUUUCUGAUGUAAGGCAAUUUUUUGGAUGGGCUUUAUUUUGGCUUUUGGGCGUUUGUUAUCCCGCUGUCUUCUCGCAGGAAAUGUAUUAAAGCCUAGAUGUAAUGAAUCAAUGUAAACCUUA